AUGCGGAAGUAAGGAACAUUGGGGACUUUGGAGUGCUCGAUUUGGUGUUGUCAACGCUAACCAAUACGUUUCCUUGAGUAAUACACGACCAUAGGCCUACCCAGGGUCGAGUUUAAUACCUGUUUUUCAUCAACGCAACAAACAUCCAAUAAACCAUCAUCGAGCAUAUUACUGAAUGUUUCAGGCAGAUGUUUAGUGGUGGUUUGAGUGGUUUUGACGAGUCGUUUUAGACCGGCAAGUGGCACCGCAACCGAACAUGCCGAGAAUAGCGUGUUGACGCCUCACCGAGUCGCCCGACCCAACGGGGUAGAAAAACCACAAAUGACCCUUCCACACGAGUGACUGCGCCACAAAGUUUACACGAUGUACUGAAACUGCUCAAUCAACUUUCAAGAUUAAAUAAUCUUCUCAGCUCUGGUCCUUGACGCUUACUGUAAUAUAUUACAGUACUUUCAAGCGAGUUGUGUGCCAAAUCUGGAUUAAUUUGGAAUACGCUCUGUCUCCUUUCUUGAGGAAUAUUUGCUAAACUUGAGAAAGGAAUUCUCAUACUCUGCAUUCUUCAAUAAUAUUUUUUCUUCUACAGUGCUAGUGUCAGUGGACAGGUGGGUGCCCCUCUAAUAAAGGGGUACCCCUAGCUGAACCCAAGGAUUUGAAUCAACUUCUGCCUGUAGAUUUAAACAUCUUGACUUCAGUUGCACUUGCAACUUUUUAGAAGAAUCAAGGAACUGCUCCUCCUCGAGCUCGAGGAGUUCAACUUGCCAACAUGGAUGGAAUUAAAAGGAAGGGAAAGAUUCUGAUGGGAAGCUCUGAUCUGAGUUUAGUCAUUUAUGAACAAAAAAUCUUGCAUGAAACACAGUCCAAAGUCCUGCCAUGUCAAAAUAAAGUUUCCACAGCAUUAUUAAAAUGGUCCUACACAGAAAGCAAUGCCAAUAUACCAAACCUGUACUCCUGCUGGUCAGAUCUGGAUCUGGCUAUCCAAACACUGGCACAAGAAAGUAUUGACCAUAGUGUAGAAUACAGGAAGGUUUUUAAAGACAUCAAUUUAGAAGGAAAGAGACUCAAUGAAAUUCAAAAGGAAAAAGAGAGCAGUGCUAAGAAAGUAUCAGGAAUUAAGAAACAGAUCGAAAGUGCAAAGAAAUCUAAAAAGGGUGCAGACAAGGUGAAACUAGCAAAUUUAGAAGCAGAAUUAUCACUGGCUUCGAGCAAAGACACUGAAAUGGGAAGAAUACUCAUCACAAAAACCAAAGAAUAUGAAGAACAUAAGGCCACACUUCUCCAGGAAUCGUCCUUAGCAUACUGUGACAAGUCUCUGGAGACCUUGGACAAGCUUCGUCAAGUUAUUGAAGCAAAACGAGAAGUAGCCUCAACGAUGACAACCAAACCAGUCUACAAUGGUGACCAAAUAAAAGGAGAUGGCAUUAGCACAGUGGAGAAUGUUUUCAAGACAUUGGACAUGCAGCUUCCGGCUAGGGAACCAGCCCUCGACAGGAGGAGAUGCUUCGGUCUUGGGACAAGAUCGUCCAUUCUAGGUUCCAGUUCCGCAAUCAACGUCCCUUCUACACAGAGCCCCAAGCAGCCGAGGACUUUCCCCAGGGGCACCCCACCUAUCAGCAAAGGAAAUACCUCCUCUGCCUUGCAGCCGGGCCAUACAGGGACUCUGGGUUCUAAUUCAUCGAGUGCUGUUUAUCAGGGUGGAGACGAACUUGGUCUAUCGGACGAAUCCGAUGACGAUCACGACUACCAGAUCCCCAACGAAGAGAUGUUCGGCAAGAAGAAACAUAACAUCAGUAUGGAUAGCCAGGAGGAGGAGUACCUAGCCCCCGAGUUUCCCAUUGAACCUAUGUCAUGCCCGAGGGUACCCCCCAGGCAAGAAUCCAUGCAGUCCAGUCAGUCCUUUGAUUCAAGCGCCGGUACAAGUGAAAUACCUGGUGACUAUAUGAUAGUUGUCCAGGAGGAUUCAGAAGACCAGUCCAGGAUGCCUCCAGGACCUGGUACCUCCCGCAGUUCUACGGACUCCAGCAACAGCAGUUCCAGCACUGGACCGGGCAGGCCAAGUCCCAUCAAGCUACCUCGUGCGCUACCCUCCUCCAACAGCACCACAGACCUCGUAGAAGGGGAAGACUUCUGCCGGAGGGACCGGAAGGUAAGCCCAGGAGUGGUGGCUCAGAAGAGCCAGGAACUCCAGGCCAAGUUGGAGAAGGAAGCGGCGCAGAAGAGGAAGCCGCAGCCUCUCCCGAAACCAGCGGUAGAUGCGAAGCCCAAGCCCAAACCCAAACCAAAGCCCAGUCCGACGACGCCUCAUGCCGUCAAGGACAACAAACCAAUGCCUCUGCCCAGGACGAGUAGCAGUGAACAGGAACCGCACAGCGAGGAUGCAGGUGGUUUCUAUGAGAUCAUGAGUGCUGCAGAUGCUCAAAAGAUACAGAUGGCGAAGGACAAGAAUGGGCUGCCAAAGAUAACCUCGACCUAUGACCCCGAAGAAACGACGAAUCACCAUGGUGACUACUACUCGGAAGUCUACGAAAGAGACCAGGAAGACUCGGAUUCGGAUGGAGAUUAUUGUGUCGCAGAUUUCCACAACUAUAAGGGGAACAAUUCAACGGCAGCUGAAGAAGAAGACAAGCGGAAGACCACCCUUGAGAACAGGCGGACAUCCCAGGCAGCCCUCAACAACAACCGCAAACCUAGCGAGACAGCGGACAUGUUUACUGAUGAAGAUGAUGAAGCGAUUUACUGCAAUGUUCCCAGCUAGUUUUGGCGAGAUGGGUGCCACACUGCAAAUGCCACUCACCCGCUUUUGACAGAAGAUCGCUUGCUUUGACAUGUUCACCGGUGACGAAGAUAAUGAUAAUAACAUGUCCAUUUAUAUAGCGCAGUUACUAUGUGCAUAUAUACUCAACUGCGUUUUGAUACUU